AUUGCCAAAUGAAGAAGACGGAAGAGCUUUGGAAAGAAGCGCCGCUGGAAAGUAGUCUGAGAGCAGUGAGGAAGAACCGGAACGGCAUUUCAUAGUGUAGCUGAUACUGAUAAGCCUGAAUGGAUUUAACCGAACAGAUUAAACAGUUGGAGGCAGACUUGCAGGAGCUGGGGUCCCUCUUGGAGAAGGCAGAGAGGAAAAGAGUUCAGGAUCUGCUUAAACAGGAGCAGAAAAAGGUGGAGAAGGAGCUCGCAGCUAAACGACAACAAAAAGAACAACAGGCUAGGAAGGAGGCAGACCCAUCUGCAGCCACUAAGGCAGCAUACACUGUCAAGAUUACCAGCUAUGCAUGGGACCAGUCAGAUAAGUUUGUCAAAAUUUAUCUGGCAUUGAAAGAUGUGCACAAAAUAUCAGCAGAAAAUGUGGAGGUCAAAUUUACAGAACGGUCAUUUUCUGUGCUGGUGAAGGAUCUAGAUGGCAAAAACCACGAAAUGACAGUUCUGAACUUGUUGUAUCCAAUCAAUGAACAGGACAGCUACAAAAAGAUAAAAACAGACAUGGUCUUGGUCAUGUGCAAGAAGCAGUCAACAAAGAAGUGGGACUGUCUAACGGCGGUGGAAAAGCAGUCUAAAGAGAAAGAAAAACCCAGCCUUGACGAUAAUGCUGACCCCGGCGAGGGCCUGAUGAAUGUGUUGAAAAAGAUUUAUGCAGAGGGAGACGACGAGAUGAAGAGAACAAUCAACAAAGCUUGGACAGAGUCCCAAGAGAAGAAAUUAAGAGGAGAGGAGAUGAUGGACUAUUAAAUAUUGCCACUUUUCCACAGCAGGACCAAAUGAGAGCUCCAAAGGUUGAAGCAGGCAUGACUUAAUUAUUCAAAGUAAAGUCUACAUACACCGCUCGUAAAUAAUUUGUCUAAAGUAAUGUCUAAGCUCGGGAUGGCCUCAAUUUGGCCCUGCUUUGAAAACCAGGCUGCUGGUGUUCUUAGUGAUGGGCUACAACUCAUCUGUCACUCAAGCAAAAGGAUGGAGUCCAUCACGUGAUGACCUGAAGACUGCAAGAACGCACACAUUUCAUCACAGCUGACGUUAAGAGUCCAACCUGUGGGUAGAAAGCAGGGAAAAUGUUGUCUGCUUCCCCACUUACAUACAUUCCCCUAUGUGUUUUGUGAAGUCGCACUUAAAGAGUUAAAGGACCACUGCUCAGUCAUUUCACAGCUCUUGUUUUUGUUGUCCUGGCUUGUUUCAAUAAAAUGUCUUGUUGUGGUUUAAAUUGGAUCAGGGUAAAUGUAAUUGUUCAUUUUCCAUGGUAGUUAAAAAUCAGUACAGAUUAACUUGGCAAAUAUUUCUUUUCUUUCUUUCUUUUUUGUCAGCUAUAAAUUUGCCAAAGUUCUCUUACUUAUGAAGUAAACCUGAGAAUAGUUUUCUUUCUUUUUUUUAAUCUUUACAUCAGCUGUAUGAUUUUGUAAAUCCACAAAUAAGUCACGUAGCAUACAAAGACAGUAAACUAUCUUGUGUCAGCCUAGUGUAAUACUGUACUGCAUGCAGGUAUGUUUAAAACUACAUUUUCCACAAUCCUUUUUUUAAGUUACAUGUUCUGAAAUACUUGAUGUGACUGAUUUUUGCAGAUUUUUUUUCCGACAUUGUAAAAAAUGUGUGUUUUCACUGUUGCUGGUUGUUCUCUGCUCUCAUAAAUACAGCUGUUGAACUCAGA